UACUUUUCCGUUUAUGUGGUGUCGAUGUAAGUUAAUCUUUCAGCUGUGGCUUCGGUUCGCCUAUUUAAUUUGUGGAUUUCGUUAUUUUGGAGAGAAAACAAAAAAAAAAAGUCAUUUUGAAUGGUUUUUCCAUAGAAAACUGUUGAUGUGGUUUGUCAUGUAAUCUAUCACUGGAUUGUGAUGAAACCUUUGUCCUAGAUUUGCUCUUUUUAGGUGUUGUUUGUUUGCUAUUUCUUUUAAAAAAAAAAAAAUUGGUGUGUGAACGAGAUUUUCGUGAUCUGAAUUUAGAUAUGGGAUAAGGUUGUGUUUUUUGUUAUUUUUUUAUUUUUAUUUUUCUAAUUUUAGGAAACCUGCCGAGGUAUUUUUUGUGGCUUGUAAGUGAACGCAAACGAAGACACCCUUUUUUUUCCUUCUUGUUCCUAUUUUUUGGGGGAUUCGUUUGGGAGGGAAAGGAGUGUCGUUUAUGUUGUAGCCAUAAUUGGAUUUGAAUGGAUGCAAGGUUUCUCGCAUGAAGAGCUUGCAAUUUGGGGUUUUUUCGGGGCAUGGUUUCUUUUUUCUUCAUGAUACAGCUUUUGGCUUUAUGAUUAAAUUGGGGAUUUAAGUUAUAUGAUGCUUGAAAAUUUUCCCCAAUACAAAGAGAGGAGCAUUGGGUUUUUGAUAAGAUUGUGAAUCAAGUCAAGUAUCAGGUAUGUCACGAAUUCGCUGCAUUCUGCGGGGUUUGGAUGUGAAAACCUACAUAUUCAUGUUUGCUGUUAUCCCAAUGUGUGUCUUUGGAUUCUAUAUACAUGGGCAGAAGAUCUCCUACUUUCUGCGGCCACUAUGGGAAAAAGCACCCAAGCCUUUCAAUGUCAUCCCUCAUUACUAUAACGAAAAUGUCACCAUGGAGAAUCUCUGCAGGCUUCAUGGAUGGGGAGUCCGGGAGUACCCUCGACGUGUUUAUGAUGCUGUGUUGUUUAGUAAUGAGCUGGAAAUACUAACCUUGCGCUGGAAAGAAUUGUACCCUUACAUAACUGAAUUUGUUGUCCUUGAGUCAAAUUCUACCUUCACCGGAUUGCCUAAGCCUCUGGUUUUCAAUAGCAAUAGGGAGCAGUUCAAAUUUGUUGAGCCGCGGUUAACUUAUGGGACCAUUGGUGGGAGAUUUAAGAAAGGAGAAAACCCAUUUGUUGAAGAGGCGUAUCAGCGUGUAGCAUUGGACCAGCUCCUGAAGAUAGCUGGUAUUACUGAUGAUGACUUGUUGAUUAUGUCUGAUGUGGAUGAGAUACCAAGUGCUCACACUAUUAACCUCCUGAGGUGGUGUGAUGAAGUACCCUCAAUCCUUCAUCUGCAGCUGAAAAAUUAUCUCUAUUCAUUUGAAUUUCGUGUGGAUGAUAAGAGCUGGAGGGCUUCAAUUCACAGGUAUGAGACUGGGAAGACGAGGUAUGCACAUUAUCGCCAGUCUGAUGACAUAUUGGCAGAUGCUGGAUGGCAUUGUAGCUUUUGCUUCCGCCGAAUCAGCGAUUUCAUUUUCAAGAUGAAAGCCUACAGCCAUUAUGAUAGAGUCAGGUUCUCUCACUAUUUAAAUCCUGAAAGAAUUCAGAAGGUAAUCUGCAAAGGGACCGAUUUAUUUGAUAUGCUGCCGGAGGAGUACACUUUCAGGGAUAUCAUUGGUAAAAUGGGACCAAUACCCCAUUCCUAUUCUGCAGUUCAUCUUCCUGCUUUUCUUCUGGAAAAUUCUGACAAGUAUAAAUUUCUUUUACCUGGAAAUUGCAAGAGAGAGAGAUGAUCUUGGAAAGUCAUUUAUGAUACUGGCUUGUUUCUGAGCUUCUAGCUUGUACAGCUCAAGUGACUCUCCUCUCUCGGAGGUUUUUAACUGAGGUUGUGAUGAUUGUAUGUCACUCGUAUAGCUGUAAGCUGUAUCAUUGUCCAGUGAGAUAUUCUUUGGGAAUUAAUUAAUUUCAGAUAAAUUCUUUGAUCUUGGGGGAAUUCUGUAUAUAAUUUAGAGCUGGACUUUCAUUCAAGGGGAGCAACAUCUCUACUGAUGAGGACUGAAACUGCUGUUUUGAGAACGGGCUUGCCUUCAUGAAAUGUGUUUAUUUAGUAUUAGGGUGAUUGAUCCCCGGAUAUACGAGACUAGUUUAAAAUUCCCCACUUUUUCCUGUUUGGGAAGUUUUGUUCUGCAGACCAAUUUAUUUUCUAAUUAUUCUUUAUUUAUGCAAAUAUCUAAUCCGAUUGGUUGGUCUAUAUUCAUAACAGUGCUGACUCAGUUCUUUGCAUUAUAUAAAUAUAGUUUGGUUGCUUUCAAUUA